AAAUUUACUUUCUUAGAAAGAGUAUGAACCCUGUAAAAGAAUUUCAAAUUAACCUUAGCAUAAUUGAAAACAUAGCAAGAAUUCCGUUUAAGUUAACCUCCAGUAGCUUGCUUUGGAUUUCCUACUUUCGUAGCAUAACAUAUCCCACUGAAAUGCCAGAUAGAUGGCAGCACGAUUUGUUUGAUGGUGGUGUAUCUGGUCAAAGGGCUGGUGGUAUCACAACAGGGGCGACAAAGCUGUUAGUUUCCAACUUGGAUUAUGGAGUAUCCGACAGUGAUAUAAAGGAACUUUUUGCUGAAUUUGGUCCUCUAAGAAAAGCUGCAGUUCAUUAUGACAGAUCAGGAAGAUCUUUAGGCACAGCUGACGUUAUUUUCGAAAAGCGACUGGAUGCUGUUAAAGCAAUGAAACAAUAUAAUGGUGUUCCUCUGGAUGGUAGACCUAUGAGUAUUCAAAUCGCCAGUUCUACUGUUCCUAGCUCAAAUCCUUCACCCAGAGGACGGUUGGGUGGUUCUUCUAAUCAGAGAGGUUUUAACAGAAAUCGUCAGGGUGGAAACAAUCGUGGUAGACCAGGACGAGGCGGUGGAGGAGCGCAGCGUAAAGUACCCACAGCUGAAGAGUUAGAUGCUGAAUUAGAUGCCUAUGUAAAUAAGAUGGAGUAACUUUUGAAUUGUACAAGAAGUUACUGAUAAUAGAAAUGUUGAUUUAUUGUAAACAGCCUUCACAAAGUUAUGCAUCCAGUUAAGCCACAUUUUCUUGAUUGAGAUACAUUUAUUUCCAGAAGUUUAAGGAUGGUUGAUUUGUAACCAGUGAUUUCAUUUUUGAAUUAUUGUCAGCUAUGAAGAAGAAAAUUUGGCCUUUUAACUGUCUUUUUAAUUCUCAUCUUUCAUUCAUGCAUCAUUAUAAGUGUCAAUGAUCAUACAGCUGUUUUCAUUAAAGAAUUUCAUCUGUU